AUGCAGUCCAGCAGAAAAAGAAGAAGAAGUCAUUCUCGCAGCUCUGACCAGCUACGCCUCCCGGGAGGUGAAGUGCCUCAUAUAGAAGAAGGGGAUGACAAGACGGUGAUCGUUAUUUCUGACAUUGAGGACAACGAUACAGAAAGGGAGAAAGACGCACUAGAAGAAGAGUUACGACAAAGCAAAGAAAAUCUUGAAAUCGAAAAAAGUAAAGUCAAGGAUCUCGCAAUCAAGAGCAAUCGACUUGAAGAACAGCUGGCUGAAUCCCGACAAAAAGGCCAGGAAGAUUUGAAAGAGCAAAAAAGCAAAAUGGAGAAACAAUGCGCAAAAUUCCAAGCAAUCCUACAUGAAAAUCAGCAGGAAAUUAACAACCUCAAAGCUAAAGACAACAAAAACAUUGAUAUGCUCAAGAAAGAAAUGCAAAAGAUGCAAAAGAAGCAGAAGGAUGCUGAGCAAGCGCUGCAGAGCCUGAGCGAGAGUCACGAACAGGCAUUGAGAGAGAUCAAGCAGAGCCACGAGAGCAGUCUACGCGAGGAGGAGGAGAAACGCCAGGCCCUUGAGGAGAUAAACAGAACACAGCGAGCGAGCUUAGACGAUCUACGCAAGCAGAUUGCCAAUGGGAAGAGGAAGCAGAAGGAUGCUGAGCAAGCGCUGCAGAGCCUGAGCGAGAGUCACGAACAGGCAUUGAGAGAGAUCAAGCAGAGCCACGAGAGCAGUCUACGCGAGGAGGAGGAGAAACGCCAGGCCCUUGAGGAGAUAAACAGAACACAGCGAGCGAGCUUAGACGAUCUACGCAAGCAGAUUGCCAAUGGGAAGAGGAAGCAGAAGGAUGCUGAGCAAGCGCUGCAGAGCCUGAGCGAGAGUCACGAACAGGCAUUGAGAGAGAUCAAGCAGAGCCACGAGAGCAGUCUACGCGAGGAGGAGGAGAAACGCCAGGCCCUUGAGGAGAUAAACAGAACACAGCGAGCGAGCUUAGACGAUCUACGCAAGCAGAUUGCCAAUGGGAAGAGGAAGCAGAAGGAUGCUGAGCAAGCGCUGCAGAGCCUGAGCGAGAGUCACGAACAGGCAUUGAGAGAGAUCAAGCAGAGCCACGAGAGCAGUCUACGCGAGGAGGAGGAGAAACGCCAGGCCCUUGAGGAGAUAAACAGAACACAGCAAGCGAGCUUGAGCAAGUUGCAAGCGAGUCUUGAUAACGAGAAGGAGCAGCGUACCUUUGCCCAGGCUGCACAACAAUUGGCAGAGCCUGCUGGCAACAAGUCCUUAGCGUUGUUGGAUAGCCUUGAAGCAGAACUCAAGGCAGAAAGAACAAAGCUUGAGGGACUUGAAGAUGCCGUCAGGCGCAAAGAUUCUGAAUUGCAGCGCUUGGAGUCUUUGGCGAGAGGGGAAAGGCAAAGAUUUGAGGCAGCGAUCCACGCAAAGCAGCAGGAGCUGGAAAAGCUGAGCCCUUACUGGGUCCCCAAAACGCUGUUGAGACGGGUAGCUGUAGACCUCCCGCAAUGCAGGAGCUGGCGAACUUGGAGCGUCGGGGGCAUCGCCAACCAGACCAGACUAGACCAGCUUCUGCACCUGCUCUGA